CCCGUUAGUAGGGGAGCCGCGGUUGAAAGGUUGACGACUUUAUGUAUCCUUCCUUAGUAAUUUAAGCUUCAUUUCCUUCUUUGAUGGAGAGAGGAUCUUAUAGGAAUUGAUAUUUUCCUUAGAUGGACGUCCUUCGACCCCCAGUCGUUUGGAUUAAGGGACGUUGCUACAGAAAGCUUCCCUUUGAACAAAACAGCAGUGAAACCAAUGAAAAUUCGACGCCUUACUACGAACAAGACGAAAUGAAUUAUGAAGAUGAGACAUGUGAUGCUAGUGAUGUGGUUGAAGAGACCAAGAGUGGUUUUAGGACAGUGAUGGACACACCAAGUGCUUUGUUUAAGUUUGUUAUUGGUAGAAAAGCAGAAACUAAGAAGAAAAUUGAAAUGGAAACUGAUACUAGGUUAUUUAUUCCUAGCCAGGGACAAGCUGGAGACAUAGGUAUUUGUUGGUUGAUUUAUUUAAAGGGAAGAGUCGUAUGUACAGUUAUGCAAUGA